AUGAGCCGCCUCGUUUCCCGGCGGCACCUCGCCGCCGCCACGGCCCUCCGACGAUCCCCCGCCGCGUUCGCUUCCAGGUGGCUGCACACGCCGGCAUUUGCGACGGUGUCCCCCGAGGAGAUCUCUGGCUCAAGCCCCGCGGAAGUGCAGAAUUUUGGUGAGAUGGGAAAAUGGAUAAAGUCUGCUAACUGGAACUGGAUAGUCGAUCCUUUAAAUGGCGAAAAGUUUAUCAAAGUUGGUGAGGUUCAGGGGUCUGAAAUAAAGCCAUUUGUGGAGAGUUUAUCUAAAUGCCCAAAGCAUGGACUUCACAACCCACUUAGAGCUCCAGAGAGGUAUCUCAUGUAUGGAGAUAUAUCUACAAAAGCUGCACACAUGCUUGGUCAACCUGAGGUCUUAGAUUUCUUUGCUAAGCUUGUUCAAAGGGUUUCUCCGAAGAGCUAUCAACAAGCUCUUUUGGAAGUUCAAGUUUCUCAAAAAUUCUUGGAGAACUUCUGUGGAGAUCAGGUGCGCUUUCUGGCUCGGUCAUUUGCUGUACCUGGAAAUCAUGUUGGACAAAUGAGUAAUGGCUAUCGUUGGCCAUUUGGCCCAGUUGCAAUAAUCACACCAUUCAAUUUCCCAUUGGAGAUUCCCUUACUGCAACUGAUGGGUGCACUUUAUAUGGGAAAUAAACCAGUCCUCAAAGUUGACAGCAAAGUUAGCAUUGUGAUGGAACAAAUGAUCAGGUUGCUUCAUGAGUGUGGGUUGCCUGCAGAGGACGUGGACUUCAUAAAUUCUGAUGGUAUCACAAUGAACAAGCUGCUGUUGGAGGCAAAUCCAAAAAUGACCCUCUUCACUGGGAGCUCACGUGUGGCAGAGAAAUUGGCUGCAGAUUUGCAAGGCCGAAUCAAGUUAGAAGAUGCUGGUUUUGAUUGGAAAAUUCUUGGUCCAGAUGUUCAAGAGGUUGAUUAUAUUUCAUGGGUUUGCGACCAGGAUGCUUACGCUUGCAGCGGUCAGAAGUGCUCUGCUCAGUCUAUGCUAUUCAUGCACAAGAACUGGUCAUCUAGUGGGCUACUUGAGAAAAUGAAGAAACUUUCUGAAAGAAGGAAGCUUGAAGAUUUGACGAUUGGUCCAGUCCUUACUGUUACAACAGCAACCAUGAUAGAGCACAUGAACAACCUUCUCAAAAUACCAGGAUCAGAGGUUCUGUUCGGUGGUGAACCUUUGGAGAAUCACUCCAUCCCAGAAAUAUAUGGUGCUUUCAAACCGACUGCUGUAUUUGUCCCACUAGUGGAGAUCCUUAAAAAUGGUAACUUCGAGCUUGUGACAAAGGAGAUAUUUGGUCCUUUCCAGGUGGUUACAGAAUACUCUGAGGAACAGCUUGAUUUAGUAUUAGAAGCCUGCGAAAGGAUGAAUGCGCAUCUGACAGCUGCAGUAGUUUCAAACGACAAAUUGUUCCUGCAGGAAGUACUCGGUAGAUCGGUUAACGGGACAACGUAUGCUGGAAUUCGAGCAAGGACCACCGGCGCUCCGCAGAACCACUGGUUUGGUCCUGCCGGUGACCCGAGAGGCGCGGGGAUCGGCACUCCAGAAGCCAUCAAACUCGUCUGGUCUUGCCACAGGGAGAUCAUAUAUGACAUUGGUCCCUUGCCCAAGAAGUGGGCACUUCCUGCGGCUACAUGA